CCGGAAGUGGCGCUGACGUCGCUGUGCGUGCAGGCGGCUGCGUCGGGCUGCAGGAGAAGAUGGCGGUCUCCACAGGAGUUAAAGUUCCUCGUAAUUUUCGCUUGUUGGAAGAACUUGAAGAAGGACAAAAAGGAGUAGGCGAUGGUACGGUUAGCUGGGGCCUUGAAGAUGAUGAAGAUAUGACACUUACAAGGUGGACAGGCAUGAUUAUUGGGCCACCAAGGACAAAUUAUGAAAACAGAAUAUAUAGCCUGAAAGUAGAAUGUGGACCUAAAUACCCAGAAGCUCCUCCAUCAGUUAGAUUUGUAACCAAAAUUAAUAUGAAUGGAAUUAAUAAUUCCAGUGGAAUGGUGGAUGCACGGAGCAUACCAGUGUUAGCAAAAUGGCAAAAUUCAUAUAGCAUUAAAGUUGUACUUCAAGAGCUAAGACGUCUAAUGAUGUCCAAAGAAAAUAUGAAGCUUCCACAGCCACCAGAAGGACAAACAUACAACAAUUAAUUUUAGUGGAUCUCAAACUUGUCUUAAAUCAACAACCUUCUACUCAUGUUAAUGUCUUGAUUAAAUAUCACAAUGCAAAAUACCCACACAUUAAGUAAAAGAAUUCCAGCUGGUAAACAUGACCUGGACAUUUGUAAGAAUAUAUUUAAUAUAUGUACACCAUUAUGUUUUCCGGUUACAGGAGGAAAAACGCAGCACAAUUUUUUUUUUCUCUUGUUAAGGCACUAUCAUUUAAGCAUAAACCUGGAGUACUCAAAAUAGAAUUCAGGUUUACAAGAUGAAAGCAUGGAGAGAAGAAUCAGACGCUGUGGAAGCAUGUGUGUUUCUGAAAAGUAAAAACAAAUUUCAAGAGGAAAAACAGAAAUGGCAUGCUUUGUCCAUCUUAGUGAAAGAGCUUCAGUUGAAAUUGUCUAAAGUAGCAGGUACAAUGAAUAUUGUCACAAAUUGUGUUAAUUUUUGAAGCCGUGUGGGUGCUGACUACUAGUAGUAUCAAAAAAAUGUCAGGAUUGUUUUGAUACCUGUAUUUAUAAUAAAAAGUGUUGUGGGGGAGGUCGAUGAAUUUCUGUUAAAAGCCGUUCCUGUGUGUUACAUGUAACAGACAUGGUAAAUAUUUGUUUACAGUCUUUGACAAACCAUGCAUUUAAGUGAAAUCAACAAAAAGGAAAUAGGUGUAUGGGUAUGUGAUUUUGAGAUUAAAGUUAGUCUUAAAAUGUAAAUAAAUGUGGAACAUGUCCUCAGAAACCGUGCCAUUUCUAUUAUAUUGAUGUGGUAUAUGUAUAGUACCUUGCUGAGGUAGCAAAAAUUGAAAUUAUUGUAGCUAUUCAUCUAUAAACACCUUUAUUAUCCUAUUUUGUAUACUUCUUGUGAAUUAGAAUUUGCAGAGUGUUUGAGAGAACAAAUUACCUAAUUAGUUUAAUUUCAUUUUUGGAGAAAGAGGAAUUGCAGGUACUAUAUUUUAAAUUUUAGUUGGCCAGAAAUACUAUUUAAAAAUGUUUGGAUUCUAGAAGUUCUUACAGAAUUAUAAAUUGCAAAUUAUCCAAAUACACAUUCCAUUCUCUUUGAAACUUCUUUUUUCUAUAAUUUUCUGUGACAUUUCUUCCCCCAAUGCUUCUGGUUGGGAUUAAUUUUAUCCAAUUACUCUUAACCUCCACUUUGACAAAUAGAAAUUCUUAAUUGAAAGCUCAUUUAUGUUUUCCCUUUACCAAAAUGACUCAAGGCUUUAAGUCACUGUUUUUCAUUUCAAAGCACUGGGUAUACUACUUUGUUAAAAAUGUUUUUUUCUUACAAAUUCCCUGAAGAAAAUAGAGUGGUGGUCAGGUAUCAAGGACAAAUUUCUUAAAGAUUCCCUGACAUGUUUUUAUCAAGUCAUUCACAAUUAGAGCUCUGAGCUACUUUUCCUUGGUUAAUAAUACAUGAAAGUUAGUGACAGUUUGUCUAAACUUACUAAUUUCAACAUGGCUAUUUUUAAUUAUCAGAGAUGUCUAAAAUGCUUUCAGAUGACACAUAGAAAUGAUAUACCCACAAAUUAGUGCAUGUGUAAUUUAUUAAAGUGGUUUGAAAUGAAUUAUUAUCUUGGCAUACUUCUUAAAAAUUUUGAAUUGUUGAACUUGAUUUACAGUGACUUCAUAUGUAAAACCAUUACUGGUAGUGUAAAUUAGUUUAACAGCUUCUUUUCCACUUUGGAAAUGUGUCUUGUCAUACAGUGUAGCUAAUAACCAUUUGAAUGUUAAAUUAUAUUGGUAGGCUGAGAAUCUGGGUACCUUGAUCACUUAUUCUCUUUCCUUUUCCCAUAUCCACUAUUGUGAAGGGUUCUCCCCCCAAGUAUAUGUUGUCUGAGUUAGCUGAGGUGUUUAUUUCCUCUGUUUUGUUUUUGGGACUGUGGAUCUCUGCAGAAAUCUGCAUGCUAAUUAGUUUCCAAAGCAGAAUCCAUUUUGCAUGUAACAAUCAAGAUAUACAUGGCAAUCUUAAAACACACUGGUUGAUUAUAGAAAGAGCUAAUAUAGAGCUGCUCUUAAUUCUAGUAACAUUUCUAAGACCACAUUUUGAAGCAAUCUUUCCUUUGUUUUCUAAAGUGGGUAGGGUUAUAGGAGUGUAUGGUAUUAAAUGAACUGUAAAAUUGCCUUUGAAAUUUGUUUAAAAGACUAGCAGUUGCGACCCUAGGGGAUGAUCAGUAAAUUUAAUAAAGAUUACAAAAAUGAAAUUCUUGUCCUAUUAGGUCAAUGUUAUGCUUUAAUGGUUUUAGUUACUUUUUCAGAAUUGCUGGUUUUAACAUUUUUUUCUAAUAUUUUGAAGUGAUGGCAUUUGUUUAUGGGUUAAGUGUUAAUUUCAGAAUUACGGAACAUUAACAUUUGUAAGGGUAGUGCUGUAGAAGAAAUUUGUAAUUUCAAAUUAUCCUUUUAAAAGAAUUUAUCACACUUCAGUUUGAGUAAGUGCUUGGAGAAUACAUUAGUUUUACUUACAGCUGGUUUAUUAAUCUGGAUUACUUAAUGCCAAUUCAUUGAUUUAAAUAUUUCCCACUAUGUGUAAUUUUAUUGAUAAAUACAUGUGAAAUUAAUAUUGUUUUGAAAAUUUAGAGGAUACAACUGGAAAAUAUUAGUACAUGAUCCUUAAUAGAUUCGGUGUGUAUGGCUUUGGAUAGUUUUGGUAGGUGCAUCAUGGAAUUACAGUCUGGUCAAAACUAUGUUAACCCUUUUAAUGAGCACAUUACUGUGUUCUUACAUACAGUUUAAAGAAUGUAAGUACAUAUAAUAAAGUCUAGUAUAUGGGGUUUGAUAGGUGUUUAAGGAAUUUUUUCCCCGAUUUCAUUUUAGAAGUAUUUUUUUAGACCUAUGUGUAGAAUCAUAGUAUUGUUUAUUGCUGGGAAGGAUCUAAAAGGCACUGAGUUUACCCCUCUGCUAAGUAUCAGUGUAAUUUUCCAGUAUCAACUUGAUUUGUUUUUUGUUAUUUUCACAAAAUGAUUCCAUUUCUCACAAUUUUGGAAGGUAUGUGUAUUUUGUAUAUAAAAUAGGAACAUCAUAAAAAGGAAUGGAUGCACUGUACUACAGAAUUGAUAUGAGCAUUGGCAGUUAAUUCCCAUCCAUUACUGUGUUUACUAAAAAGUGGGAAAUGUAUGGAAAUAAAGUAUCUUUUAUGCCUUAUAGAAGUUAUAUUAUGAGUGGAUGGAAAUCUUAACCAUAGUUCACACUGAAAAUUUUCUUUUAAAAUAUAGUGGGAAAUUGAAAAUAAAAGAUAUGCCAUAUGCAUUUCCUGAGAGAAAAAUUUGAAGGUAUUUGGUGAUAUAGAAAAUGAUGUCAAAGCCAUCACUUUGUGGAAUAAGGGAGUUUUGGGAACUCAUGGAGUGAGUACAUGAUUAAAAAAAAAACAAAACAAAAAACAAACAGUAGAAAUGAGGAGGUUGCCAUGGUGUUUACAUCCUUAGUUGGAUAUUCUCACCAAAAAAAAGUUCCUAAGGGUUGGCUUCAUCUCAUUUCCCAUGUAGUCUUUAAGAGUUUUUUUGGCAAGUUCAUUAGGAAAUCAACAAAGUCAGAUAGAUCUCAUUUUCUUAACUUAAAAGGUUCCAGGAAUCAUUCAUCCUAAAAUGAGUAACUGACCAAAUACCAUGUAAGAUUUGUACAGUGAUCCAUUGGCUGCUCAGUGUAGACUUAUGGGAAUUCUUUUGUCUUGUCCUUAUUCAGUUAUGAGCAGAUGUUUAUCUGGAAGUUUUUGCAGCCAAGAAAUUGCACAAAAAUGGAGUUAGUAUUUUACCCCCAAAGGAGGACUAAUAGUUGGCACUAAGAAUCCAAUAGUAAUGAGAAACCUGUAGUCAGUAAAGAAGCAAAUAGUUACUGAGUUGAAAGUAAAGACUUCAGUUUGUCCGGUGCAGUAAUUGGAUAAUUGAAAAAAAAUUUUGUUCAAAGAUUAUAAAGAAGUGCUGUUAACAAUUGAUUUUAUAUUCUUCAUAUAGUAUAAUUGCUUAAAAAAAACAGAUAACAAAGUAAUCUGGAAAAUUUGCAAUAUAAUGUGAGUUUUAACAGGAUAAUUUCAUAUUAAAAUGUAGUAAAACUUGUUUUGAUAAUUAAUGUCAUUUUUGGGGGGUCUGAAGAUGACUCCUUUUCCAGUCAACAAACAUGGUAAUUGUAAAUGCAUUAUUAUUAUAAUGGUGGGAUGAAUUAUAGUUUAGCAGCCUUUGACAGGGAAAAAGGUAGAUUUUCUUCACAGUUGAUGACUGACAAAGAAAUGUAAUAUUGUUAUACUCCUUUUCAAGCCACAUUGGCCAAGUAAUGAUUGUCAGAUGUCCAGUUUAUUAUCAUAAAUUAUCUUUCUAUUGCUAUAAUUUUUUGAUAUCCAGAUAAUUUAAAUUGGGUGAGACAAAUUUAAAGUGGGUGAUACAUUUUUCUUCAAUAAUUGCAGUACUCAAGAGAAAAUAAUUGAGUACACAAGAAAAGUAAAAUAUCUAAAUGCCUAGAUUUCUUAAUCUUGAGUGAUGUAUGGACUUUAAGGAGAAAAAUCGUACUUGUGGACUCAGUAUUGUUUUGAAUUAUUUUUGUUAAAACGUUUAAUGCAUAAAACUGUACUAAUGUAAAUGUUGUAUAAACUUAUGCUCUUGGGCCUUUAUAAAAUUAUAAAGUACAUUCAACUAUAGAGUAAUUAAAAUGGAAAAUAAUUUAGAA